AUCCAAAAAUAAUCAGACGACAAAGAAGAAGAAGAUGAUGUUUUAACUUAUAAAUAAAAACUUGAAAGUACUAUUCCUCGAUUCAUUGAUAAUAUUUCAUUUCUUGGGUAAGGAUAUAAUAUAUAUUUCGGAAAUCCUAAAUGCAGUAAUGGGCUUGACCCUGGCUUUAGAAAUUUUGGAGUUGCCGCUUUUGAAUAUAAUCCUAAUCCUUACUUUUCCCUUUCUAGAGAUUACUCAAUGUAUGUGCCUAAGGGAUUUAUUGCUACCCACUAAUAAUCCUGUACUAUAUCUUUUAGUUCUAAAACUGUCACUUCAACAAAAGACUAUACUGAUAGUUUACACGUAUCUGCUAGUGUCAGUGUUCGUGUAGGUGGUGCUUUUUCGGCUAGUGCUGAUUAUUAGUAGACUUAAAGUGGACUUUCUUCACGUGAAACUUUAUAUAUUGAAAGUUCUGCGAGAUGUACUGCUUACGAGAUUGUAAUGUAGUAGGAUCCUAUAAAUUCUGCAAAUGUAACUCCCUAAUUUGCCGAAAUAUUAAGAGAAUUGGAAGCUAAAGGGGAUAAUCCAGAUGCUUAUUAUGAUUUCUUCGAUGAAAUAGGCACUCACGUGACAGAUGAGGUUGAAUUAGGCUCUCUUUUUGGCUACAAAUUUCAAAUGAGUACCACUGAAACCCAAAAGAUAGUCAAAUAAAACGUUGAUGUGGCUGCUGCAGCCUCCUAUAUGGCAACCAGGGCCCGAGCGAAAACCAGCUACGAGAAAAAUUAAGAAUAACAACUCAAAACAGCUGUUAGUUCAUGGACUUCAUUCUCUAUAGGGGCUGUUCCUGAUGAAGAUAAUGACGCUUUAAAGUGGGCUGCUAGGACAAUAUCGAAUCCAAUGCCUGUAUAUGUAAAUUUAGUUACUAUGAAAGAAUAUUUAUCUAUAUAUGGUUCUGCUUAAAAGAUAGGAGUUUCAACUGUCUAAUUUAAUAAUUUAUUAAAUAAACUAGACUCAUAUUUAGCAUCUUAUUGUUAAAAAAGAUUACUUGUAAGAAAUAAUGUUAGUUCAUGUGAAGAUGUAGAAAUAAAAGCCCCUAUAGAUGUAAAUACGGUUAAAAGUAAUAAUUUUAUAGAGACACUAUUUAAUAAUAAAGAGAGUGUAGUUUUUAUUUAAAAAAAAUCCGGUAGAUUCCUAGUUUCGGAUACCAAUAAUCUCAAAAAAGGUGAAUCUGCUAAUGUUUAUAUAGGAAAUUAUAGAGGCUUAAGGAGAGAAUAGUGGAAUUUAGUCAGAUUUGGGUUCACAGAUAGCGUUUAUUAGCUAUAACAUAUCGAAUCUAAGUUUUGUUUGUCAUUAAGAAAUUGCAAUAAUGAUGAAUAGAUGCCUAUAUUAGCAAAAUGUGAUUAGGGUGAUAUCUGUUAAAGAUUUAGAUUACAAAUAUUCAAUGCUAAUACUUAGGAAGUUAUUAUUUAAAGUAUGAAAUCAGAAAAAGUACUUAUUUCGGAUGACGCGAAGGAAGGAAACGGGACCAUUACUAAGAUUAAUGGAAAUAGUGAUACUACAUCUAGAAUUUGGAGACUACAAAAAACUUUGAAUAGAUUUGAAGAAUGA